GACAAUAUAUUGUCGGGGAAAUCUCUUCUCCGGGCUACGAUCAUCAUACUAUCUCUCUCUCUCUCUCUGUUUUCGUUUACUCACUCAAAAGAGUUUCAGACAUGGCGGUCGGGAAGGUGGUGGCUCUGUCACUACUAUUGGCCUUGGUUCUCCUCACGACCGGUGUCUUUUCCGAGGAAGAACCGACAACCCCUGGAUCCGCUUCUGAGAUUGAGUUGGAACAGCUUCAUGCUAAAAUCCAUGCCCUUGAAUCCCAAGUUGAUGAGAAAAGCAGACAACUUAAAGAGAGAGAGGAGUCAGUAACUGAAAAGGAGAAACUUCUCAAAGAGAGACAAGACAAGCUUUCUUCCUUGGAGACUGAGCUUUCCUCACUUAGGGAAAAGGGUUCAUCAGAAGAUUCUGUGCAACUGUUGGAAAAAGCUCAAGCACGAGCUACUGAAUUAGAGAAACAGGUAGAGGUACUUAAGAACUUUCUGGAGCAAAAGAACAAGGAGAAAGCUUCUACUGAAGCUCGGACUAGUGAAGCCGAGAAAAAGCUAACCGAAUUGAACUCCAGACUGGAUAAACUUCACAAGACAAAGGAAGAGCAGAAGAACAAAAUACGAAAACUUGAGCGUGCUCUUAAAAUCUCCGAGGAAGAAAUGUUACGGAUGAGGCAUGAAGCAGCCACAAAGGCUAGGGAACUCCAGGAGGUUCAUGCCUCGUGGCUUCCCCAUUGGCUUGCUGUACACUGGGUUCAUUUCCAUACUGUUGCUAGGCCACAUUGGGAUGCCCACGGGAAGCCGGUUCUGGAUACAGUAACACAAAAGGUGACGCAAGCGAAGAGUCAAGCUGUAAAGUGGGCUGAACCACACAUGGUUAAUGUUAAAACUAAAUAUAUUCCAGCCAUAAAAGAUACUGUCAAGACGCAUGUCGAGCCACACGUGCAGACACUAUCUACUAAAGCGAAAGAGGCUUACCAUGCUUCCAAGAAUGCAGUUACUCCACAUAUUGUCAAGUUUCAAGCACAUGUAGAUCCCUAUUACCAGGAGGCUAAAAAGUUUAGCAAGCCAUAUGUUGAUCAAGUGGCCUCGGCCACAAAGCCACAUGUUGAUAAGGCUAGAGCUACCAUGAAGCCUUACACAAAGAAGGCUAUUCACUACUACAAAGAGUUUCUUAAAUCUGCUACAACAUAUCACAAUCAGGUUCAAGCCAAUGUCGAAAGUAAACUGAAGAGCCAUGAGUUGACGGCACCUUUUGCCACCAAAGAGUUCAUUUGGUUUGCAGCAUCUGCUUUGUUGGCGUUACCCAUCUUCAUAGUUUACAGAUUCCUCUGUUCUCUCUUCCGCACAAAGACGAAGAAGCCUACUCGACAAACUCAUCAUCAUGGUCGUCGUAAGGCCAAAAGGGCUCCUAUUGACAAGUGAAGUUACAUGUUUUGUACUGUUUCCACUGUGACCGUAUUGGUGGUUAUUGGCAGGGUUUUGAUGCGGGCUCUUUGUGUCUCAGCAACAGGCAUAUGUUGUCUAAACAGUCCAUGUUAGAGAUAUCAAAGCGUUUUUGUGUUAUGUAUGUUUUUUUUUUCUGUUGAAGCUCUCUGUGCAAAAGUGUUUCUUUACUCCCUUUUGGAGUAAAGUUUUCAGUCUUUUUAUACAGAGAAGGUUAGACAUAUCUCAGGAGUAAAUUAAAGGCUUGGUUUGUGUAGUUUGUAAUUCAUGUGGAUGGAUUUGGGACUUGCUAUAUUUACUCUUUUAAAAGCUAUCACUCGUUUUUUUU